AUGGCAACUUUACCAAGUUGUAUGUAUUGGACAUUUACUAAUACUGGUUUAUUAAUACAAGAUUGGUUAUUAAAACCAGUACGACCAAUUAAUUUAAAUGAAGCAAUUCAUCAAUUACAUUUAUCAUCUGUUAUCUAUUCUAAAAAUCAAUUCAUGGAUUCUAUUGAAAGAUUGAAUAAUGAUAAUGCUACAACAACAACAACAAUUUAUAAUGAUAAAAUACAACAAAUUAUACAAAUUAUAUUUUAUUUUAGUUUACCAUUAUUACCAGCUGCAACCAUUUUAUUUGCUAUUGUUAAUAUAUUUAUUGAAUCAAAACAUUAUACAUGUCCAAAAUAUACUAUAUUUACACGUCCUUAUAUACAAAAUGUAUCACAAUAUUUAAUUGUAUACUAUAUAUUAACUUGUAUUAAUUCAUCAUUAAUAUGGUUAAUUAUAUUACCACGUUAUAUACCAAUGUCAUUUGGAUAUUAUAAUAUAAUGAAUAAGAAUUUAACAUCUUCAUAUAUAGAUAUAUUGAAUGAUAAUAAUAAUAAUAAUAAUACACCAAAAUUUAUCACACAAUUACCAGCUAUGUUAACAAUGCAAAUUGUAUUACGUUUAACAUUAUGUUGGUUAAUUAUAGGUUUAUUAAUUAAUCGUAUUUAUAUAUUAAAUGAAUUAUAUAUGAAUCCAUUGAAAAAAUCAUUUGGAUAUUACAUAAAUUAUUUAUAUACAUUAAUAAAACAGAAUUUAAAUGAUGAUCAUUGUUUAACUACAAUGAAUAGUCAUAAUCACAAUCAUAAUAAUCAUAAUAAUAAUAGUACAGGUAUAUUACUGAAUAAUAAUAAACAACAAAAUCAACCAAUCAAAUCCAUCUUUCAAUAUUUAUUCAAAUUUACCGCCAAUUUAUGUUCAAUACAAAAAUGUCCAAUAUGUAAAUCAAUUAAUUAUAAUUGGUCAGAAGAUUAUGUAUGUUUUAUUUGUAAACCAAAUUAUAAUCAUAAUUUAAAAAUAUUAAAUCAACAAAUAAUUAAAAAUAAAUCCAAAAAUGAAAAUAUUGAUUUAAGUAGUAUAAUCAAUAUGAAAAAAAUGAAUUGUACUCUAAUUGGACGUUUAAUAUUAAUAAUAAGUUUAUUAAUUACAUGUUCAUUAGCAAUUUGUUUACCACAAGUAUGGUCAUAUCAAUUAAUUGGAAUUAAUUUAAAAAUUAAAUUAUUUAAUCAAUAUACUAGUACUACUGAUAUAGAACAAAUUAGUAGUACUAGUAUUAGUAGUACAAGUAGUAGUAAUAAUAAUAAUCAUGAAAAAUAUUAUCCAGCAUGGCGUUUAUUAAAUAAAACUGGUCAAACAUUAUAUGAAUAUUGUUUUGCAGCAAUUAGUUUUGUUAUACCAUGUUGUACAAUGAUUGUAUGUUUAUUAUUAUUAAUAAUACGUUUAAUUAAAAUGAAAUAUGAAUUCAAUCAUAUAGUAUUACAUAAUAUUCAUUUUAAUAAAAAAGAUAUAAAAUUUUAUCAAUUAUAUAUUAAUAUAAUUAAAUAUUGUUUAAUUUAUUUAAUACAAGAUAGUAUAUUAAUAUUAAUUAUAGGUAUUAUACAAUUAUGUUGUACCAUACCAUAUUUAAUGACAAAUUCAAUUAAUCGUUUAGAAUGUUUAUUAAUUAAUAAUCAAUCAAAAAAUCAAUUUAUACCAAGUUUAUCCUCCAUAGCAACAACAACAACACCACCACCACCAGCAACAACACCAGUAACAUCAUCAGCAGCCAUAGCAACUGAAUCCUUUUGGCCAACACGUCAAAAUUGGUUAUUUAUAGAAAUGAAUAAUUUAUUUGGUGAUUUUUUAAUUCAAUUAAUUAUUUUCUCUGUACAUUUAUGUGAAACAAAUUAUUUAUUAAUAAAUAAUUAUAAAUUUAAUAAUAUUGAAAAAAAUAUAAUUAAAUAUCAACAUAAUAAUUAUGAAUUGAAUGAAUUAAUGAAACUUCAUGAAAUCAAUGAAAAAUUUAUUGAAUAUCAAGAUAAUUAUGAAUGUAAUCAACAUAGAGAUGAUAAUGAUGAUGAUAACGAUGGUAUUGAUGAUCAUGAUAAUGGUGACAGUAAUGAUGAUAAUGAUGAUGAUGUCGAUGUUAAUGAUCUUGAUAAUGAUAACAAUCAUAUUGAUAUAAAUAUUGAAAAUGGAAAUAGAAAAAAAUUAUAUACAUAUCGAAUGAAAACGCCGACAGAUAGUGGACAAACAAGUAAAAAUAUAUCACCAUUACCUAUAUCACAUACAAUAUCUGAUGUACUUUUGUCACCGAAGUUUCGAUCGAAACAAACUAUUUAUAGAUUAAAUCAACAGUAUAGAACACAUCGAUCUACACCAUCAACAUUACCAUCUCCAUUAUUACAACGUAUACCAGAAAUCAUAAAUUACGAUCCGUCACAUCAUUAUCAACAGCAACAACAACAGCAACGUAAUAAUAAUUGUAAUAGUUUUACAACAAAAUAUCCAAUGAAUUCAUAUGUAGAACCAAAACAAAUAUGGCUAGUUUAACAUACUC